CUCUUGGCCUGGGGCUGGGAGCCAUGGACGCUUUCACUCGCUUCACCAACCAGAUCCAAGGCCGGGACCGACUCUUCAGAACCACUCAGUAUACAUGCAUGUUGCUUAGAUAUUUGUUAGAGCCUAGAGCUGGCAAAGAGAAGGUGGUAAUGAAGCUCAAGAAACUGGAGUCCAGUGUGAGCACUGGCCGUACAUCCAACUUAAACCGAGUGGUUUAUUUCAUCUGUGACACCAUCCUCUGGGUGAAAAGUGUAGGGCUUGCCUCUGGCAUCAACAAAGAGAAAUGGCAAAUGUGGGCUGCCCGUCACUACUAUUAUUUUCUCCUGCUGAGCCUGGUCAGGGAUCUGUAUGAAAUCUCCUUGCAAAUGGAACAGGUUGCACACGACAGGGCAAAGAAGGAGAAAUCACCAUCCCAGAAUCCUCCUGGGCACAGUGUGGCGGAUGAGGAAACAGAAUGGCUCCAGUCCUUUCUCCUUCUCUUAUUCCGAUCCCUGAAGAAGCAUCCUCCCUUGCUCCUGGACAUAGUGAAGAACCUUGGUGAUAUUAUGAACCCUUUGAACCAGCUGGGGAUCUAUAAAUCCAAUCCUGGCAUCAUUGGACUUGGAGGUCUUAUGUCCUCUAUAGCAGGCAUCAUCACUGUGGCAUAUCCUCAGAUGAGGCUGAAGACCCACUAAGGCAGGAUUAGCACCUGCUUAAAAAAGUGACCUCUUAGUGGAAUGGCCAUUUGUAUUAAUCACAGACCAUGUCAUACUGAGCUUAAGGACUUGUUCACAUGAGCAUUUAGUGACCUGUGAUGUGAGCAGAAGUGGGACCAGGAAUGGAGAAGAAGAGGAUCAUGAAAAUUUAUGUAUAGUUUUUAGAGAGCUGAUGUGACUUCUGAAUAUUUUCUCUUCAUCUAACAUUUAUUGAGUAUCUCAUAUGUAUUGUAGGAGCUUAGUGUUUGUUGAAUGAGUAAAAAUUGAAAGAGAGCCAACCCGACAAAUAAGUAAACACUAAUAUAUAGUAACUUGGGUUGUGUGGAUCAUUGGUUUUGCACAACUACCGUAGGUGUGGUACUCAGUGCUCUCUUAGAUCUAGUAGAGGCCCCCGUUUUUCUCUGAUCAGUUCCUCCCCCUCCUCCACACAUGCCAGUGGCAGGAUGGAGGGGAGCUUAUUAGCCCUUACCAUCACUGCGCUCUGAUCCUUUUUCUGUCCAGAAGCAGAAUCAGAAAAGCACUGGGAACCUUCAUGGUAUAUAAAUUGAAUCUAUGGGAAGAGUUCUUUAGGUAGUGAGUAAGUAAGCAAAAAUCAGAAGCAGACAGAAGGGACUUAAGGUGAAAAUAAUGUGACGGUCACAAAGGAUAACUGUAUGUAGCCUGUGACGGAGGAGGAAACUGAGGUGGAAAAAGCUGAAGUGAUGUACAUUCAAGGCUCCCAGUCCAAUGUUCUUUCUGUGAUAUCUCACUGUCUUCCUGAUUUAGUAGAAGUGUGAGAAUCUGUAGGAUCCUGUGCUUUUUGCCUCACUCUCCCAAAAUUUGGAACCUCUGUUGGUCAGUGAUUAUAUUCUAUAAAAAUUUAAAACCAUAUCUAAACUUAUGAGCUAAAUUGUUUUAAUCAAAACCCUGUAAUAGUUUGGACACUUCUACAUUAAUUUUCAUCAAAAUUUACACAGUUAAAAAAUUUUAUAAUUCCUCCAUGAAUUUAGGAGCAUCACAAUUUUUUAUGAUAAAUCAGACUUUCAAAUGGUUGGGGGAGGUGGAAAAGAACACUAAGGAACCAGUGAAGAGGACAUAGAGUAUUGAAAUGAUGCCAUUUACUCAUGUUCCUACUUCCAGUCUCGGGUGUUGGGUUCUUAUUUGUGAUUAUAGAUCCCUUAGAUUGAGGGAGGUGAGGUGAGAAAUAGGAUGUUUUUAGGUAGAAGGCCAGUGUCAGCCCUCCCAGUUAAAGCCAUCUCAUUUAUCUGAAUGGACGUGAGAAAAUGUGAACUAAAUA